AACCCACCACCGCACCCCACCCCACCCCAUUCCUCCCCCGCUCCUCCUCCCCCUUCCCCAUUUUUUUCCCUUCGUCAGGGUUCGUUCGCUCGUUCGCAGCGCCGCCCGAUUGAUUGAUUGAUUGGUUGUGGUCGCAGCAGCUCCUCGAUCUCUUCCUCGCCAUGCCUCCGUUCCACGAUUGCCGCGAUGGCGGUCUGCUUGUCCUGGACCCGGCAGCGGCUAUGUUCGGCGGCGUGCGGCAGCGGAAGCGCGCGCGCGUCACGGCCGUGCCCCCCUGCGUCUUCGCCGCCGCGGCGGAGGAGGCGCUCAGGGCGGUGCCGGCGGCCAAGAGGCAGAGGCUGAGGGAGGCGCCGACCCUCGACGCGCUCCCGGACGGGUGCCUCUUCGAGAUCCUGCGCCGCGUGCAGGGCGCCCGCGCGCGGGGCGCCUCCUCCUGCGUCUCCCGCCGCUGGCUCGCGCUGCUCGGCGGCAUCCGCGCCUCCGAGAUCAAGCGGGUCCAGGCCCCGGCCGUGCCGGACCUCAACCAGGUCUUCGUCUGCGAGGACGAGGCCGAGGCCGCGCGCCUGGGCCGCUCCGAGAGGACCCUCGAGGGCGAGGGCGCCACGGACGUCGCCCUCACCGCGGCGGCCGUCGCCGACGGCCUCCGCGGCAGCCUGGAGAGCGUCGUUGUCCGGGGGAGCCACCCGACGCGCGGCGUCACCGACAGCGGCCUCUCCGCGGUCGCCCGUGGGUGCCCGUCGCUCCGCUCGCUUGCCCUGUGGGAUGUGCCGCAGGUGACGGACGCGGGGCUCGCUGAGAUCGCCGCCGGGUGCCCCUCGCUGGAGAAGCUCGACAUCACCGGCUGCCCGCUGGUCACCGACAAGGGCCUCGUCGCCGUCGCUCAGGGGUGCCCGGAUUUGAAGACGCUGACCAUUGAAGCAUGCUCUGGUGUUGCCAAUGAAGGCCUCAAGGCUAUCGGCAGGUGCUGCUCCAAGCUGCAGGCGGUGAACAUCAAGAACUGUGCAUAUGUUGGUGACCAGGGCGUGUCUGGUCUCAUCUGUUCCGCGACAGCCUCGCUUGCCAAGGUCUGCCUUCAGGGUUUGAGCAUCACUGAUGCUUCUCUUGCUGUGAUUGGGUACUAUGGAAAGGCGAUCACAAACCUCACCCUCACUCGCCUGUCCGCGGUUGGCGAGAGGGGUUUUUGGGUGAUGGCAAAUGCCCUUGGCCUGCAGAAGCUCAGAUGUAUGAGCAUCACCUCCUGCCCAGGAGUCACCGAGCUGGCACUUGUUUCCAUUGCCAAGUUCUGCCCGAGCUUGAAGCAGCUUUACCUCAGGAAGUGCAGCCAAAUCUCAGAUGGUCUUCUCAAGGAUUUCGCAGAAGCAGCAAAGGUUUUGGAGAACUUGCAGAUUGAGGAAUGCAACAGGAUUACUCUCAUGGGCAUCCUUUCUUUCCUCCUCAACUGCAGCCCAAAGUUCAAGACCCUCUCUUUGGUGAAGUGUACUGGUAUCAAGGACAUCUGCUCUGCACCUGCACAGCUCCCCGUUUGCAAAUCACUUCGGUCCCUUACCAUCAAGCAGUGCCCAGGAUUCACAGACGCGAGCUUGGCCGUGGUUGGCAUGAUCUGCCCUCAUCUUGAGAAUCUUGACCUGAGCGGUCUUGGUGCAGUCACCGACGAUGGCCUCCUUCCAUUGAUCAGGAGUUCCGAAAGUGGGCUGGUUCAUGUUGACUUGAAUGGCUGCGAGAAUCUCACAGAUGCAGCUAUUUCUGCACUGGUGAAGGCACACGGCACAUUUCUUGCACAUCUGAGCCUCGAGGGCUGCAGUAAGAUAACUGAUGCAAGUCUGUUUGCCAUUUCCGAGAGCUGCUCUGAGCUCGCCGAGCUUGAUCUUUCAAACUGCAUGGUCAGCGACUAUGGUGUUGCGGUGUUGGCAUCCGCAGAGCGGCUCAAGCUCCGUGUCCUCUCACUGUCGGGCUGUCUCAAGGUCACACCCAAGAGUGUUCCCUUCCUGGGAAGCAUGCCUGCGUCGUUGGAGGGCCUCAAUCUCCAGUUCAACUUCAUCGGCAACCACAACAUUGCAUCACUGGAGAAGCAGCUCUGGUGGUGCGACAUCCUUGCUUAAGAGGAUCUCCAGAUGCAAAUAUACGACCGUAGGUAGUACUUCUUCAGUCAAGCCUCAUAGCAGAGUCGGUUCAUCGGUUGCGCGUUUGAGUCAUGGUGGGCUUCCUUUGUCCUAGGGUCGGUUGUUUUCCGGGGGACGCUUUAGCCAAGCGCUCGUUUUUUGCAGGCCUCCUCUCGCGAGGAUGCCUGUUCCUUGAGCCUUCGGCUGCCAUUAGCGUGGCACCCUGUCCCUCUACCCCCAACCUAUGCCCUUGUGAUUACAGUCCUUACACCAUGCUUCUUUUUUUCUCCUUAAGUCCUGUGUGGGAGCUCAAAUAUUGCCAGUUGUGUCUUCUUUUCCAGUAUUCUGGUUCCAGAGUUCUGGGACAUCAGUACUUCUGGUUUCAAUUCCAUAGCAAGUUCUAUUUGUCGGUGUGUGCCUGUCGUAGAAGCUUAGCUCCGGUUCUUUGAUCCGUGUCUAGGUGUCUGCUACGAUCUCUUUCAGUGUGUGGUUGUUCCAGUUCCAGUGUCUUCACGGUCUGUAGUGUGUGUGUGCUGUGCGUGUGUGUCGUCGGCGGUGGAUGGUUGCUUUUCUGCAGCAUCUGUAGGGGUUGCCUGAUGUCCCCGGGGAUCUGGCCUUGGCAAGGUGCAACAUAUCAAAGGGCCCUUGCCAUGACAACCUUGUGUGGUUGUUUUUUGUCUCCAGAUCCCUGGUUUUUGCAGGCGUGUGUUUGAGUGCUGUAACCUUUGCAAUCAUCCUGGGAUAAAUAAAAUUUGUUUCCGUCCAAGUUC